UACGAGAAUCUUUUAAAUGCAAACAUUUUUUCAUUUGCUAAUUUCGGAUUUGCUUGGAGUUCAUCGCAGGGAUUUCUGCAAUUAAACGAAGUUCACAUUUUUGGGUAUGCGAGGACUAAAAUUUCAGAUGAUGAAUUAAGAAAUCGUAUACAAGGGUACCUUUCUUCAGGAAAUGAAGGCUCAGAAGAUGUAUCAAAGUUUCUGCAAUUGAUUAAAUAUGUAAGUGGCUCUUAUGAUGCUGCGGAAGGAUUUCAGGCAUUGGACAAGGCAAUAUCUGAGCAUGAAACAUCAAGAAACAGCUCUGAAGAAUCGUCUAGAAGGCUCUUCUACCUUGCACUUCCUCCAUCAGUAUAUCCACAAGUCUGCAAAAUGAUCAAGAAUUAUUGCACAACUAAAUCUGAUCUUGGUGGAUGGACCCGUAUUGUUGUUGAGAAGCCCUUUGGGAAAGAUUUGGCUUCAGCUGAGGAACUAAGCUCCCAGAUUGGAGAAUUAUUUAAUGAACCACAGAUUUAUCGCAUUGAUCACUAUCUGGGCAAAGAAUUGGUGCAGAACUUGUUGGUACUUCGUUUUGCUAAUCGCUUCUUUUUGCCACUCUGGAACCGCGACAAUAUUGACAAUGUACAG